GGGGAUAAAUAAAGCGUGGAGGAAGCGGGGACGGCACAAGGGCGGUCAGGGGCGGCAACUGGGUUCUCCCCUUGGUUCCGCCCAACAGGCUCUGCCCCCUUUUUGCCCGGGGGCCGAAGUGGUGCUCGCUUCCCUACUACUACCAUUCCCCUGUCUGGUCGGGGCAAAGCCGAUCGGAUAGCCGGCAGUCUGUCACGGGGCGAAGAACGGGAACCACGUUAACCGGUUUCCCCGACGUUCACGCAAUCCGCAAACGUUUCAAUCCGACCCGCUACGCUUUUUUAUUCACCCGACGGCCGUGGGGACACGAGUUACACGGGGCCCCUCGACCAACUCUCUUCCUUCUUUCCUUUCUUCCUUCUUUCCUUCCUUUCUUCCUUCCUUCCGAUUCGACGCCAAGUUUCUCGAAAAGACCUCGCUCGGUGAAUCUCGCAAGUGAUAAAAAGGAAAAAGAGAAAACGAACAGUGUGCACGGAGAGAGAGAGAGAGAGAGAGAAAGAGAGAAAUAACUACCUCCCCUUGGAGGAGGAGGAGGAGGAGGAGGAGGAGAGAAACUCGUCCAACACACCGUCGUAGAAGAGGAGCCGGCAGGAUUCCGCGAAUCGUCGAAUCUAGUCGUUGAGAGACGCGUCGUCAACUUGAGAUGUUGACCGACAUGACACCGGCUGCGGCUGGUCAACUAUAUCCGCAGUUACAAUCGAUCGCCAAGUCGCCGGUGCACGGACAUGUGGAUCAUCCGGGUCUGCGGGGUACACCGUUGGCGAUGCUCGCAGCCCAGUGCAACAAAUUGAGCAGCAAGAGCCCGCCACCGCUCGCGGACGCGGCGGUGGGCAAAGGGUUCCACCCGUGGAAGAAGAGCCCGCAGAGCAGCGGCAGCUCGCCCCAACACUCCGCCGGGAGCGGAGGAGGAGGAGGGGGAGGAGGCGGAGGAGGAGGAGGGGGUGGUGGAGGAGGAGGAGGAGGAGGAGGAUGCACGACGACGGGAGUGAGUCAGAGACCGGCGGCUACGAGCAGCGCCGGAAGCACGAGCGGUGGCUACGCGAGAGCGCCGGUCACGUCGUGCGCGUCGACCGCGCCCCAAUACGGCGGCGACCUGUACUUCCCGGGGACGGCGAGCGCCCAACCGGCCGGCGAUCCUCACCAUCAUCAGAGCAGCCUGCUCGGUAAGGUGGAGGGAGCUACGUUGGGCUCGGUUUACGGCCGGCACCCGUACGAGUCGUGGCCGUUCAACGCGAUGCCCGGCGCGACUCACGGCGGGAUUAAAGCGAGCGACGGUUGGUGGGACGUGCACGGGGCCGCGACAGCCGGCGGGUGGCUCGACGUCGGCGGAACAGUCGGCGUCGGUGUCCACGCCGCCCAAAUGGCCAACUACUCGGCCGACUACUCGACCAGCCUUGCCCUGGCCGGCAAUCAUUUGCUGACCACCGCGACCACCGCCGGCCACAAUCUCCUCCAAGACACGUACAAAUCGAUGUUGCCGGGGGGGCCGCCCGGAUUCGGCCUCCACCAUCACGCGGCCGCGACGGCGAGCGCGAGCGCCGGUGCCGGUAGCCCCCAGGGGAGCGGCGGUGGCGUGGGCGUGGGGGCGGGCGGCGUCAGCCAGGCGCCCUCGCCCCGCUCCCAAAGACGGUACACAGGGCGCGCGACCUGCGACUGUCCCAAUUGUCAAGAGGCCGAGAGGCUCGGCCCGGCCGGCGUGCAUCUGAGGAAGAAGAACAUCCACAGCUGCCACAUACCCGGCUGCGGUAAGGUCUACGGGAAAACGUCGCAUCUGAAGGCCCACUUACGGUGGCACACUGCGGCACCUUCGAACCCACACCGGCGAAAAGAGAUUCGCCUGCCCGGUCUGCAACAAGCGGUUCAUGCGCAGCGACCAUCUCGCGAAGCACGUCAAGACCCACAGCAGCAGCAGCAGCAGCAGCGGCAGCAAGGGCAAGGGGGGAGCGGGGAGCUCGUCGGCCGAGUCCUGCUCCGACAGCGAGGACAACGGGAGUCAGCAGAGUCCCACUUCCAGCUCGGUUCCGCCGCAGCCGCAGCCGCCGCCGCCGCCGCAGCCGCAGCAGCAGCAGCAGCAGCAACAGCAGCCAACGGGGCAGCAACAACAACAGGGCCAACAACCGGCUCAGCAACAGGCCCAGCAGCAGCAGCAGCAGCAGCAACAGCAGCAGGCUCUGGUGGCAGCGGCGGCGGCGGCGGCGGCGGCGGCAGCGGCAGCGGCGGUGGCGGCGGGCCAGGACACCACCAACAACACCACGUCCCAGACCACCACCACCACCACCCCCCUCGGCCAUCAACCGACAACCCCCAUGACCCCAAUACAGAUGACCCCGCCACCUCUGACCCCACACCAUCCCCACCACCCGCAUCUCCCCCCGCUAAUGCACCAUCCGCAUCAUCACGCAACCUCCGUCCCGGCGGCGGCCCACCACCCGCACGCGGGGAUGAGCAUGCACUGAGCCCGGUGGGGCCCGGAGCCGGCUGCGCUUCCUCUGCCGCCGCAACGGCCCUGGGCUCCCCCCUAUCCUACCCCCUCAACCUGAACCUCGUCCAGAAUCACCAUCACCAGGCCAUCAGCCAGGCUCACCUCAACGCCACCUCCGCACCCCCCUCCGCCUCCCACCACCAGCACCACCAACAGCAACAACACCACCACCACCACCAGCACCACCAUCACCACCAUCACCACCACCAACACCAACACCAGCAACACCAUCAACACCAGCACCACUCGCGUCAGACCAAUUCCUAUUCCGUGCAACAGAAUCCUGGCACGCCGGGGACCGCGCAGACUCCCUCACCCUCGUCCCCCGCGCCUGUACAUAGUCUCUAGGUUGACGCGUCGCGUCUCGUCCACCAUCUCUCUCUCUCUUUCUUUCUCUCUUGUUUUCUUUCGCGGCAGCGAUUCCUCUUCCGCCCACCCACCUCUCCCGUCGAAUCGAAUCGAAUCGAAUCGAAUCGAAUCGAAUCGAAUCGGGUGCGAAUCUUGCACGCAAAUGUAUUUCGACUUUCGAUCGAUGCCGAUUCUCUCUCUCCUCGUCGAGCGUAGUACAGUGUAACGCGCUGUACAGUCGAUCUCUUUCUCUCUUUCUCUUUCUCUCGUCCUGCCCUCUUUCCCUCCCUCUCCCUUUCCCUCCUCUCUCGGAAAGAUUCGAGCCCGUCCCACGCACUCGAAUCCACUUACCGUCGAUACUUGUAAAUACUUAUACAUAGCGCGUGAGAAAAAGAUAUAAUUAUUAUUAUUAUUAUUAUUAUUAUUAUUUUAAUUAUUAUUAUUAUAAUUAUUAUAAUUAUUAUUAUAAUUAUUAUUAUUAUUAUUAUUAUUAUUGCAUUAAUUAUGCGGUUUAAUUUGUUAAGCGGUGUAAAGAAGAAGAGGAAGAAGAAGAAGAAAAAAAAAGAAGUUAGAUAUACAAACGCACUGUCGCGCUGUACCAUACACCGAUGACACCUAAGUAGUUGUUACACACACAUACACCUAUACAUACAUACAUACAUACACACACAUAUACAUACGCGCGCGAGAAGAAAAGAAAAGAGAAGAGAAGAGAAGAGAAGAUCGAUGAAAAACGAACGGGACGCGGUCGUCGUCGUCGGGUUGUCGUGUCGUUCUCUCGCGUUUCGUCUCUUUUUCUCUUUCUCUCUCUCUCUCUCUUUCUCUCUCACUCUCUCCCACUCCCUCUCCCGAUAUUUCGGAGAGAAAUGCGUGCGACGAGGAAAUCCCCCUCCCCCGACUCGGCCGAACGCGGCCGCGUGUAGACGCAGAAAUCGCGUGUAUAUAUAUACAUAUAUAUACAGCAUCCGGAUUUCCCUCCGCAGCAGGUUCGAAAACGUGGAAAAUCUGGAUUUCGGAUACGAUUCGAGAAACUUGGAUUCAAAUAUUAUUCGCUUUCCGUCGCAUACUUUGAAACGAAUGAAAAAUUGUUUCUCGUUGACGAAAACCAGAUUCAUCGCACGCCGUCGAUCUGCUCCCCUUUUU